AACUGCUUCACAAAACCCCAAGUUUGCUAUGAUUUUGCCUAAAAUAAAGAUUACAAACUCCUGUGACUUUCAUACUAUAUUUGCCAGUGUAUGUUUGUAUUUUUCAAAUUCUUUUUACUGUAUUAUUAUUAUUAAUAUUUUCAUUCUUCAUAAUCAAGUUUUGAAGUUUAAUCAUGUUUUAUUACAGAAAUUUGGUGACCCAAAUGAAGCUAAAUACCCAACGAACAUAGUUACUGGAAUAACAUCAUUCAUCAAAAUACAACCAGCAAAGCCAUCACGUGAGGAGAAGCGACAAACAGGACUGCAAAAGAAGAGGGAUCGAGAGGAUGAGACGAUAAAAAAGAAAGAAGAAUUAUUAAAAUUGAAAGCAGAGGGGCAGAAAAGACGCAACGAGGAAAGGAUGAAGCGGGUACAGGAAGCUCGUGAAGAAAGAGAGCGUAAGGCUAUAGAAGCAAAGAAACAACAAGACAGAGAUAGAAAGAACAGAGAGGAGCGACUAAGAGAACAGCAGCAGCAGCACAGAAAGCAGCAACUUCUUGCUAAGAGACGUGCAGAAGAGGCUAGAGUUAAGAAGAUUAAAGAACAGGAAGAAGAACGAAGGAAACAGGAAGAGGAGUCAAGGAAAUUAAAGGAAGAAGAAAAGCAAAAUGAGGAGGAAAAACUAUUAUAUCUGGCAGAGCAACGCCGUCGUCAAGAGGAAGAAAGGAAACGAAAAAUUGCUGAGGUAGAACGCAUCGCCCGUGAGAAAAAGGAGUUAGAAUACCUUAAAUUGCUUGAAGCACAGCGCAUUGCUGAGUUACAACAAGCUAAAUUGACAAGCUCAGCAGUUAAAAAGAUUGCACUAGCUGAUAACAAGGAAACUGGACUAAAUCAUACAUUCACUUUAAGUGAUAACAAGGAAAAUGGUCUUAAUACCACAUUUUCCAAAACUACUGGACCGUCUCAGUCAAGUUCUACUGGGAAAAACAAAGAUAGUUAUGACAUUACACCAAACUCCAAGAAAUAUAAGAAAAAUAUUAAUAAUUAUGAUAUAAAUGAUAUUGAGAGUGAUGACUCAACUGAUGAGGACAGUGCUCCUAAGAGGAAAAUUCCUCCCUGGGCUAUGAGUAAGUUUAAAAUUUGGAUAUUAAUUUUUUCCUAUUGUUUGGGAUUUUAUGAAUAGAAUAUGUAAUGGUUACAUACUUAUAGAUUGUUGUAUCAGACACAUUGCAGUAGUUAUAUUGUACAACCUCCCUCGGUAUUUUUGUUCCAUAGUAAGGCAGGUUGAAAGUGCAAACAAUGGC